AUGAUAUACCGCUGUGCAGUCCUGAUUGGGAAGCCAGCACACAAGAAGUUAAAGAAGGUUGACUAUCUGGGAUUUGUGUUACAACAAGGUACACGCUCCCUCAGCUCCAAACGUAUUGAAGCUCUACAAAAGAUACCCAAACCUGUUACAAAGAAGGAGUUGCUCACCUUCUUGGGUAUAAUUAAUUAUUGUCGUCAGUGGAUACCUGAAUGUUUACACUACGACUCAAUUUUGAGAAUGGCUGUAAAAGGGGACAGCCCAGAUUAUAUCAGAUGGUCACCUGAAAUGGUUGAUGCAUAUGUGGCACUUAAGGUAGGCAUUAUGCAGACCCCAGCUUUAGGACUGCCUAAUUAUUGUAAACCAUUUCAUCGUUAUGCAAGGGACAACUGUAAAACCAUUGCUGCGGUCUGAGCUCAGGAACAUGGAGGUGGUAUGCGUCCUGUAUAAUUUUUCUCCAAAGUAGUCUCUGUUCCGGUUCAGGGGAUGAUGGCGUGUCUUAGGGCCCUGGCAGCUUGUGCAACUAUCUAUCACUCUUGGCCUUCCCACUAUUCUCCAUACAUCACACCAAGUGUUACAUUUGAUCAAGAAUCUCACUAUACAACACAUGACAGCACAAUGAUUAAGUGGUUAUGAAAUAAUUCUCUUAAAUUCUACUAAUUUACAGAUCAAGUAUGGCCCUAUCAAUUCUGGCACUAUGAGUGUACUGCAUGCUAUCCUUACUCAUGACAACCCUAAUCUAAGCAAAACUCAGCCAGAAGAACAUGACUGUAUUCAUGCUAUACAUACACAUAUCUCCCCCCACUUAGACCUCAUGCAUACCGCUCAGCCAGGUUCUGAGGAUGUGUUCGUGGAUGGAUCUUGUUCCCGACCUGUUGACGGUCAGUACCAGACAGGGUAUGCAGUAGUCCAAUUACCUGGUAAGGUAAGGCAAGACAGGUAAGCGACAACAAUACUUACUGGUGAUUGUGGAUCACUUCUCUAAAUGGCCUUUGUUACUAAUAAGAAGGAUGCUAGGACUGUGGUGAAAAUACUGACCACUGAAAUUAUUCCUCAGUAUGGCUGCCCAUUACAGAUCAAUUCUGAUAAUGGCCCUGCCUUUGCUAGCAAAAUUACACCGGAAUUGGCCAAAUGGUUACAGGUUACCUGGAAAUACAAUGUACCCUACCAUCCCCAGAGUUCAGGUAUAGUAGAGAGGAUGAAUAGGACAAUUAAGGAAAAACUGAUGAAAGCCACAGAUGGCACAUGGGUUCACUGGCAAACAUACUUACCCGCUAUUCUAGCUGAAAUAAGAAUGACCCCUAACAGUUUGAUAUACUCAUGGGAUGACCAUUUCCUACUCCUUGGGCGAAGGGACGAUUUGUUAUUAUGCCUGAUGAUUUAGAAUUAAUCCAGGAAGAGAAUGUUAAACAGUUAAUUUUUAAACUCAACUCUGUAUAUGGUGAUGUUUCCUCUACCCUCACAGGAACCUUCACAUCCUUACCAGCCUAGUGAUCUGGUCUGUAUCUGA